AUGUAUUACAAUCACUCUCGGGAUGCUACUACUAGAUCUAUUCAGAAAUACUGCACCAUCCAUCCAUAA